AUGUCUUUUUUUCUUGUUUUAACAUCGUAAUAUUUUAAAGCACACAAUCCAAAUACAGUGUUUAAGUUUCACUAAACGGACGAUUGACAUUGCAUCUGCCUAUGUUUUAAACCGUUUAUACCAGUCUAGAUAGUUACAUUUUAGCAGUUAACACCAUAGAACCACCAUAUUCAUCCAUUGAUAUUACAUGAAAUCUACCAUAUCUUCCAGUAUGAUUUACGUUUCGAAAAUGAAAGCGAGUAUUAUUUGGUUCAUAAUCAUUGCAAACCAUGCGCAAGGCAUAAGCUGUAAAGCGUGUUGUGACGACGGAUGGAUAUCGUACAAGUUCCAUUGUUAUUUGAUAGGACAUAAAGAACGAACGUUUAUGGAAGCACAUCACUUUUGUUAUCAACAAGGCGCAUAUCUAGUCCGAAUUGAUAACUACUGGGAGAAUAAGUUUCUUAAAGAUCUUCUAAGAAAUUUGAAAGUGUCCGAUACAUGGACUGGUUUGUCUGACCAGAGGUCAGAGGGAAUCUGGAGAUGGUUUAACACGGACAGACACGCAUCAAUGUCUGAUUGGGGUCCAGGGGAGCCAAACAACAACGGAAAUGAAGACUGCGUUGGAUUUUGGCCUCGUAUAAAUUACGAUUGGAAUGAUUACGAAUGCAAUAGUAAAUUGAGGCCAUUGUGUGAGAAACCGUAAAUUAUUGAGCAUGUGCGGUGUUUAUGGACGAUAUUCUAAGUUUUUGGGAAAAAAAAUAAGAUGGUUCAUUUCAUAUUUGAUGUACAUUGUGUAGAUUUAUGUCUACGCCAGAUAUAAACGAAAAUGUAUACGAAGAUUACUAGUAGUCAGUCUUGGGUCAAUAUUGCAUAUCAAAAUAAAAGGUCUAGUGGAAUGCGCAAUUAAAUUUAUGUACUCCUUAUAUAAAAUAUAAUUAGUAAGGUUUAUUUUUAGCUUUUAUAUAAAUUUAAAUCUUACAUUCUAGUAAAAAAAAUAAAAAGAUAGAAACUCAUGGUGUCAAAGUAUAAAAGCACAAUGAUUAUUUUGUACCUUUUUCAAAUAAAUGUCAAUAAAAGUUGACGCCUCUUUUUUAACUUAUUCUUUCAUUUGUCGUCAGCAACCUAUUUAUUAAUGCGUAUGACCAAACUUAUGCACUGUACUGUAUCUAUAGGAAAUACAAUUUUUUACAUUUUGGUCAUAUUUUAGAAACCGAAAGAAAGAAUUGAGCAUACGACAGAAAAAGCAUAUUUUCGCACAACUAGCAUAUAACUUUUAGUUAAAGAAACAGUA